UGGCCGAAAAGGAAAGCAAAGUAGGGUUACACAACCCAUUUGGGGGACGGGGCCUCUGAUUGCUUGAAGAGUGUUUUUGUGGCUAUUAGCCGUUGCGUUGUGAUCUUUUGUUGCAACGUUCAAAUUAUUUGAACAAUUUACGCAAAUAGGGUUUGGUGAAUUCCGCAACGGCUAGUACAACCUUUUUAAGCCACACCUUUUCUCAUCUCAUUCAUUCACGAACACAACCCCUCUUUCUUCUUCUUCUUCUCUCUCCCUCUUUGCAAGAAGGAAGAUUCAGAUUCAGAUCACUGUUUUCCUUCUUCUCCUUCUUUCUUUCUGCAACUCUAUUGUUAUUCAUUCAAUCAACACAAUAUGGCUGCCACUAAUAACAUUCAUGGGAACACUGAAUCUGCUCAAUCCAACAUUGCUCCUCCCACUAAGCAGCCUCUACAUCCUUCUAAGACUGUUGAUUCUCAAUCUGUACUCAAAAGGCUGCAAUCUGAAUUGAUGGCUUUGAUGAUGAGUGGAGAUUCUGGGAUAUCUGCGUUUCCUGAGGAGGACAACAUAUUCUUCUGGAAGGGAACAAUAACAGGAAGCAAAGAUACUGUGUUUGAAGGCACAGAGUAUAAGCUAUCACUCUCCUUCCCCAAUGACUACCCUUUCAAGCCUCCAAAAGUCAAGUUUGAAACAACCUGCUUCCACCCCAAUUUUGAUGUGCAUGGCAACAUAUGCUUGGACAUACUCCAGGAUAAAUGGUCAUCUGCUUAUGAUGUCAGAACAAUUCUUCUAUCUAUCCAAAGUCUGCUUGGAGAGCCAAACAUUAGUUCACCACUAAACCAACAAGCAGCACAGCUUUGGAGCAAUCAAGAAGAAUACAGGAAGAUGGUGGAGAAGUUGUACAAAUCUGCAAAUUGAUCAGUCUUUUGCAGGAGAGAAGAAGGAAGGGUCCAUAGAGUCUGCUUCUGAGAAGAGAAAGGAUGAAGCCGUUAUUUGUUUUUAGGUGUCCUUUUCUGAUGGGCCUGCUUUUAUAUAAUAUAAUCUUACAAUUUACGAAUUGUUGCAUGUUUCUUUCUCUUCUUUACAAUUGGAAGUUUAAAAAAAAAAGAUUUUGUUUUUCGUC